UCUUCUCCUUUUUGCAGCUUUUUACUCUCCGGUCCGAGCCGUCCCCCUGAGACCCAGACUCCACUCCCAAAACUGCCACAGGGCGCCGUCGCCGCGGCAACCCUCAACCCACCAACCGAUCGCCGCCGCCCCCCCCCCCCCAGCAAGGCCUCCCCCGUCGGCCGGCCGCCGCCGGCUGGACCGAAGAGCUGUCCGUUGACCCAAACCCUGCUCGGCGCCGGCCAAUCGCAGCUCGGCUCGUCGUCCUCGGCCAAUCCCGCGUCGGCUUCGUCCCGUUUCGAGCGCUCGCCGUCCGCCGCCCGGCAGCUGCAGAUCAUCGCCCUCUCGUCGGGCCGCCAGACGCAGCCCUGCACGUACCCCCCCCCCGUCCCCGGCGUGCAGCCGCCGCCGUCGGCCGUAGGGUCGCCCGAGAUGUCCCCUCAGUCCAGGAGGACGUCGAGAGCUGAAGACGCGGUCUCUCUUCCUCUGAACCCGUCUUUGCCAAAAACUGCCUCCCCCGUGGCCUCGCCGCCGUCUCACCCGAGUCCGGCGUCCCCCCAGGGUCCGGCGGGUCCUCCAAUACAGACUGUGAGCCAGAGAGGAGACGCCAAGGAGGGCGAGGAACCGCGCGCGAGAGGACGCGGACUACGAGACCCGAGGGAGGACCAACGGGAGAAAGCAAAGGAGGAGGAACCCAUGCGUCCACCUGAGGAGGAGGAGGACGGGACCGGCGUCGGUCGGAAGGAACCGGAAGUCCACACGGGACGAGAGGAAGAACAAAUGGAGGUGACGGAGGAAGGCCAGAGGGCAGACAGAGGCCAGGAGAAAAAGAUGGAGGAGGAGGAAGAAGAAGGGGAGACCGCCAUGGACCAGUCUGAGAACCUGACCAGUCAGAGUCUUCAUCAGUGCAAGAACGCAGAUCCUGUCCCGACGCCUGGCGCCGUUAAAGAACCCAGCAUGGACCCGAAACCCAUCCAAAGUCUCAUUUCAGCUCCAGUACCAGGCCCAGUACCAGCUCCAGCCCCAGCCACGCUCCCAGUACCAGCUCCAGUACCAGUACCAGCCCCAACACCAGCUCCAGCCUCAACUCCAGCUCCAGUGAUGCUCCCAGUACCAGCUCCAAUCCCAGUACAAGCUCCAGCCCCAGGUCCAGUUCCAGUAACGCUCCCAGUACCAGCUCCAGUCCCGGCGGUCUCGGUCCAGACCCAGAGGCUACCAGAUUCCAUGCAGCCGGUCCUCCAGGAGGACUUCUGCGAGAACAUGUCGACGCAGUCUGACAACCAAUCAGCGUUGUCCAGCCUCUCCUCCCAGUCUCCACCAUGCUCGCCCUUGAUCUCCCCCUCGGGGGAGAACCCGCCCCCCCUCCUCCCCGCCCAGACCGCCCUCCCGACCACGCUCAGCCUAUCGCCCCCCGAUGUGGAGAAGGCGGACAAAGCGCUCGGCGAGUCCCAGCACCUGGCCGAAACCGAGACGCAGCCCCUCGGCCAAUCGGGAGACAAGUCGGAGAGCUUCGGCCAAUCGCUGAGCAGCCCCUGGGAGAUGAGGGCGUGGCCUGAGGGGCGCCAGGUUCUGACCCACCUGGUGGAGGGCUUCGUCAUCCAGGAGGGGCUCCAGCCGUUUCCUGUGAACCGCUCCUCGCUGCUGGUUCCAGAGCCGGUGACCAAGCCGGAGGACGUGAACGGGACCAAUGGGAGCGCGGCGUUGCCUGUGACGGACACAAAGAGACAAGCUGAGCCGUCCACUGAGUCGGAGGGGGAGGACGCUGGAGACACGGACGACCCCGGAGACAGGUCGGCCCACAGGGACCGGACGGUGCUGCACUGCCAGUUCUGCGGGAAGAGGGGCCAUGCACACAACUUCAUGCGGUCCAAACGCUUCUGCUCCACUUCCUGUGCACGCGGGUUUAACGUCCGUCUGACGAAGCGCCUGCGGGCCCUGAGCGCAGGCAGUCGGUCCGAGAGGCCCCGCCCGGUCCUGAACCGGGCCGAGUCCGUCCCUGGGAAGCCUCUUUUACUGCGACUGCCUCGUGAUCUGUGGAGCGCCGGGCGGCGCGAGAAGGACGGGAUGGAGAAGAUGGCGCCGGAGGAGGAGGAGGAAGAAGAGGAGGAGGAGGAGGAGGGCAUGGAGGGAGGAGGGGAGGACGACGACGACGAUGAGGGCGGGGAGGAGGAUCCCGCGGUUGCCAUGGCAGCCAGGAUGGAGCGACGGGCGGCGCGGCGAGCGAGGAGGGCGUCGGCGCCCGCGAUGACCACCACCACCACCACCACCACCACCUCGACCCCCACCAGCACCUUCAGCCCCCCCCCGUCCCAGUGGAGCGUGGAGGACGUGACCGCCUUCAUCCACACGCUGCCAGGCUGCGGCGACGUGGCCGAGGCCUUCCGGCUGCAGGAGAUCGACGGCCAGGCGCUGCUGCUGCUCACCGAGGACCACCUGAUGACCAGCAUGAACAUCAAGCUGGGCCCCGCGCUCAAGAUCUGCGCCCACAUCAACGCGCUGAAGAACCAGUGAGGGAGGAGAAAAACGGACCGACCCAGCGCCGCAACAGGAGGGCAGAAACGGAGGGAAACCGGGGCAGAAACGGCCGGAUUUGGAAGGAAAAAUCAGAGAAAUGGAGAAAGUUAGAGGUGAAGGGAAAAGGCGAGAGUCUACUAAAAACAGAAGCUGACACCAAGGAUGACAGAACAAAGUCACAAAAAGAGAUUCAAGGUCAUUUAUGAGAUUAGAAAUCGGAGGUGUGGCCUUAGGAGACGGGAGGAGAAGACACCGGAGUCCAGAAGACACGGAGGAUUUUUGUAACUUUGUGUACAUUUUACAUGCCGCUGGAGAGUGUAAAUUUGAAGCUAUUUCAUGAAGGAUUUUGAACAUUUAAUAUAUAUAAAAUUUGUCUAUUUAGUUUUUUUUAGAAACGUGACGUCAGCAACACAUCUAUCCAGUAGCUAACAUAACCGGUGUGUGUGUAAAACAAAAAAAUAAUAACAAUAUGUAGACUUUGUUAGUGAUUAAUGAAAGUUUAAUGUUUUAUAUCACUAUAUUCUGGACAAAAACAUGUAUGUGGAUUAAAAAAAAAAGAAAGAAAGAAAGAAAGAGUCACUAUCAGGGUAGAGACUGGUGUCUUUAAUCGUCACAUUUUUAUGGUUAUCAUGCUUGAAAUUAUUUAAUAAAUGAAUAAUUAAUCAAAA